UUUCCUCCAUGUGCGCAUCCUUGAUAACAGAUAACAGGUCAUUACGUAAAUUGGACAGGUGUUGGCCCUUAUUGAACGAUUAAGUUGUGGAUAAAGGCCUGGAGGAAUCUGUCACAGUCAACAAUCCGAAUACAUCGAAAGUUUUACGUCUCGAAAGUAAAAAUUCGAAACCAAGAUGCGGGUUAUGUGGGUGUGUCUCGCUCUGACCAUUCUGGUUCUUUGCAUUGCAUCAGGCUCCGCCGCAGCGGCUAAGAAAGACGACAAAGGCAAAGCAAAAGCCGUCGCUGCCAAGGGCACGACAAAGAAAGCAGCCACCAAAGCUACUGCCAAGCCUGCCACUAAAAAGGAAAAAGGAACACCAAUCGCCUGCACUGUGUACAGUGGUGCCGAUGCACGACUUGUUUGCCGAGGUUUCAAGAUAAUUACCGAAGGAGGGAAGCCAACGUCAAAACCUGCCGCGAAAGGAAAGGGUGAAACCAAGAAACCCGCCGCUAAAGCAAAGGCGAAGAGUGGUAAGGACACGAAGAGCAAGGGAGGCAAGGACAAGAAAAACUAACGCAUAAUCAUUAUUUGCCGCCCCUUUUUUAAGUUCGAUCCAUACCAGCCAAAGAUACAAUAAUGUAAUAGAACGCAGGAAAAUGUGAAAGGUUAUAGUGAUUGGGAAUAAA